GAUAAAUAAUUAGAAACAAAAAGAAUUAAAAAAAAAAAAAAAAAAAAGAAUAAAGAAAUGGCUUUGCUCUCGGCGAUGAAGUUGCAGGGACGUCCACCACCGAUCUCGUCCAAUCUCAACCCAAAUUCCAAACCUGCAGGUUCGGAUUCCGUUUCCUUAAACGCCUCCGAACCUGGCUCCGAACGGAAGCCUCGGAAAUUCAGCUCACAGCUAAACCGCUGGAACAGAGCACGAACCUUAAGGUCUGGCGCGAAGCUGGACAGUACGAUUACUAAUGGAUCAAACAAUACGACCGGUCCGAUGCGUCCGAUCGAAAGUUCGAGUCGCACUGAUGUUUCGACAUUGGACAGCGACGUGUCAUCAUCAAGUAACGGAGUUAGCGAGGCGGAUAUGACGGCGGCGAAGUCGAUUUACAUAGUCUCUGACGGAACUGGAUGGACGGCGGAACACGCCGUUAACGCUGCUUUGGGACAAUUCGACUAUUGCUUGGUCGACCGUGGUUGUCCCGUUAAUACACAUCUCUUCUCAGGGAUUGAAGAUGGGGAGAAGUUAAUGGAGAUCAUAAAGCAAGCGGCAAGAGAAGGAGCAAUGGUAAUCUACACUUUAGCUGAUCCAUCAAUGGCAGAAGCAACCAUGAGAGCUUGCAAGCUAUGGAAAAUCCCAUCAUUAGACAUUCUUGGACCAAUCACAGAGUCAAUCUCCUCUCACUUAGGCACUAAUCCUUCCGGUCUUUCACGUGGCAUAACAAACUCAUCUCUCAACGAAGACUACUUCAAAAGAAUCGAAGCUAUCGAAUUCACUAUCAAACACGACGACGGUGCCUUGCCCGAGAAUCUUGAAAAAGCUGACAUUGUUCUUGUAGGUGUCUCUAGGACAGGGAAGACACCACUCUCGACUUACUUAGCUCAAAAGGGCUACAAAGUCUCUAACGUACCGAUUGUGAACGGUGUUGAUCUUCCCAAGACUUUGUUUGAGAUCGACCCGAGAAAGGUUUUUGGUUUGAUGAUUAAUCCAUUGGUGUUGCAAGGGAUAAGAGAGGCUAGAGCCAAGAGUCUUGGACUUGGUUCGAGUUUUAAGACUAAGUACUCUGAGUUAGGUUCUGUUAAAGAAGAGCUUGAGCUUGCCAAGAAAAUCUUUGCAGAGAAUCCGACUUGGCCAGUGAUUGAAGUGACAGAGAGUGCAAUUGAGGAAACUGCGGCAGUGGUUUUAAGGCUUUACGAUGAGAGACAAAGCAAUAGAGCAAUGCCUCGCAUCUCUAAAAGCUACUAAAUGAUUAUUAUUCAAAGAGGAUUUGAAAUUAAGGUGUAAGGAUAUAUAUAGAGAAAAUAUGAAUUGAUAAAACUCUUUUGUAAAGCCCAUUGGCACAUUUUUACAUGACCAUAUUAUUGGGUCAAAGCUAAAAUCCAUACAAAUAUUUCACUAUUUAUAUGCUAGGCUGCUAGCCCAAGUUGGAGAGAAUUGAGUGAGUUUGUUUUCCCACCCACAAAAACUAUUAACAAUCAUAUGUAAUAAAUUUGUAUGGAUUUUAGCUUAUUAUGUAUCAUAUCAUUUGCUUAUUUUUUGGCUUAUUAUUUGGAACGAGCAUAUUUUUAGAGUUUGAGUUAAAG